AUGCGUUUGAACGUCAUACUAACGAUGCUGGUUGGCGUGGCCAGCUGCUCAUCGGACCCUAGUGAACAUCGACACCAACAUCGGCAUCCUCACGCAUCACCGGUGGCCCACCCUGCCAAAAGACAAGUCGCAGAAGCUAGGAGUACGACACCACCGCAAAGUGUGGUAGCCUCGCCCACCAGUGGCGCUUCAGUGACCCGGCCAGCCAACGAGAAGCCCAGAGUAACUAGCGUGGGUAUAUUGAUCACCGAGCUCGAGGGCGGUGUUGCACAGAUUAUUACCGCCCGACCUGGUCCGCCCCCUGAUACCCGGGGUACCGUCGUCACCAAGUUGAAUACUACCGGUCACGCCACGAUAGCACCUCUGCUCACCAGGCCCAUUCCUCCGAUAAAGGAGAGAUUCGACGUGACUCUCCAGGCUCGAUCUGCAGCAGAAAUUGCAACCAAAAGCCCGCCGUCCAGACCGGCUGUCGCCAGGAUGGCUGCUCCCAACAUAUUCGCAGAACCCAUUUCAACCAACCCACCACAUGCAAAAUUCCAACGCCGCGAUGAUCAUCCAGUCGGACGGAGCAGCAUCACGUCGUUGGCGCCGUAUCCCACCAACAAGUUCUUUAGCAACAUGUAUCUAGGAGGCAUGAGGAGUCCAGCAUUUCUUCACCCGUACUCGAUCCAAUGGGCCAAGGGAGAAGGCGUCACGGGCAGCUGGGGGUUCGCCAUAUCUCAUACAGAACCCAACCAGAGAGUCUUUGGGCCACCUGAUCCGACGACCAAAGCUUCCAAGUACUUCAUCAAUCCGAUUGGAAUUCACUCUAUCGUUCUUUCUGCCCAGGAACUAGGACCGCAGACUCAACUGGCCAUGACCGACCUCUGCGCUUUCAGCGCCAUGGCCGAGUUGCGAGGCAGUCCCGGCGGCCAGCCGACUCUGAGGAUGCCUUUUGUCCAGGGCUCAGGUUUUAUCACGGGCAUCUACAACGGCGCAAGGCCCAUUAUCAGCUCGGGUGUUUACUUCAGGCAGGUCCUGCGUGCCAAUCAGAACCCUCAGCCCGGCGUCAUCAAAUACAAGAUGUUCCUGGAGGACGGCAAGUCGUGGCUCUUGUACGCACGCCACACGUCAGGCAACCCCCUCAUUCUCGAUGUUGUCGACAGCAAGAACUUCAAGGCGAGGGAGCCGUUCUGGGGUACCAUUCAGAUUGCCAAAGAGCCAGGAGACGGUGAGUCCAUAUAUGAUCAGGCUUGUGGUGCGUAUGCCACCUCGGUGGAGCUCUCGGGAACGACGAGCGGCAAAACGGGGUCGUACACGUUCACCUUCAGGCGAGCGGGUCUCGCGAGCUCGAAGCUUCUCAUGUUUGCGUUGCCGCAUCAUGCCGAUGGGUUCUCGGAUGCAUCUCGCCAGGCCGCCACCGGCCUCAAGCUGCAGACGACGACCAAGGGAGUUGCAACCGGAAUUCUAGCGGAUUCGUGGACAAUCCGGGAGACCCUGACGCCGAGCGUUGGGUUCCUGCCCUGGGACACCAGGAGGGGCGAGAUUACGCAGUUGGGCAACUCUGCUAGGAUGGCGGUGCUCAGGAUCGCGCAACAGGAGCUCGCGCAGAACAUGAUUGACCAGGCGAACUUGGAUUCGAUGUAUUUCAGCGGCAAGGCUCUAGCCAAAUUUGCCUCGAUCAUCAUCGUGGCCAGCGAUCUGCUCAAGAAUUCUGAGGUCACCCAGACGGGGCUUAACCAGCUCAAGAGGGCAUUCGCCAUCUUUGCCGAGAACCGACAAAAGUUCCCGCUCGUCUACGACACUCGAUGGGGUGGGAUAGUGUCUAGCGCUUCGUAUGUGACGGGACAGCCAGGCAUAGAUUUCGGCAACACAUACUACAACGACCACCACUUCCAUUACGGCUAUUUCGUCUACACGGCAGCUGUGAUUGCUCACAUUGACAAGGCCUGGGGUAAUGCCAACAAGGAAUUUGUUAACACGCUGGUCCGAGACUUUGCAAACCCGAGCGCGAAGGAUGGCUUUUUUACCAUGUAUCGCAACUUUGACUGGUUUCACGGACACAGUUGGGCUCAUGGGCUGUACGAUACUCUGGACGGAAACGACCAAGAAUCCAGCUCGGAAGACGCCAUGUCGGCUUACGCCGUCAAGAUGUGGGGACGCGCCAUCGGCGACGCAAACAUGGAGGCGCGGGGAGAGCUGCAGCUGGCGGUGCAGGCGCGGGCGUUCAAGUACUACUACCUAUACACGUCAGACAACAAGGUCCAACCGCCCGAGUUUGUGGGCAACAAGGUGGCGGGCAUCUUGUUUGAGAACAAGAUCGACCACACGACCUUCUUUGGCGCCAACACCGAGUUCAUCCAGGGCAUCCACAUGAUACCCCUGAUGCCAUUCUCACCGGUUACGCGCAGCGACCAAUUUGUCCGCGAGGAGUGGGCUACCUACUUUGACAACGGCCGCAUCAACGAGGUGCAAGGGGGCUGGAGGGGAAUCUUGAUGGGCAACUAUGCGCAGAUCAACCCUGCCAUGGCAUACAGCUUCUUUGGGUCGUCUAAGUUCGACCCAGGCUUCUUGGACGGUGGCGCGUCGAGGACCUGGUACAUGGCUUACUCUGCUGCCUUGGCGGGUCUCUGAGGAGGGGGUUUACGAAUCGAUAUCCACGCGUUAUAAUUUUACAGCAUCGCAUUCCGGAGUAUCCAAGGAGUCCGCGGUUACAUUAGUGGAGGUUUACCUUUUCGGCGUUGUUGUUGGGCCGACCUGCUGAUCCGGGUUUUAUUUUGGUUGGUCUCUCUCUUUUUCUCAUAUGGGGAUCAGCAAUUGGAUAAGCUUUUAUCAGUUUUCACUUUUUUUCACCUUUUUUUUAUUUAUUUAUUCUUCCCCUCUAUUCCUUUUUCUACUUUUGUCUUUGUUAUUAACGUGGUAUUCACUGGUUGGCUUGAUGGCUAUCGAGAAAGUGGAUUGACCAUAUGAUUGAGCAUAGCAGGAAAACCUUAUGAGCUUAUGCUUGGGAAAAGGAACACGACGUCUUCAUUCACACGAGGUAGAUGAAAGGGGCAAGGGCUUUUUACGAAUUCAGGAUAGCAUUUUUAGAAAUUAGCAUGGGUAUGCACAGCCUACCUUUAGACAGUAUCAGUCAUACAUUUAUAAUUUCCUUACUGUGCUAGUGCCACUUGGUCUUUUAAUUCCGUACGAUUAAUGAGUUUGUUUGUUUGACAAUGCAGUUGCAAAAUGCUUGAUAAUCCCUUUUCUUUGAAGAGUUGGUGGCGUGAUCGGCGAGGAUAUCUCUUGUUUUUUUUUUCCAUAUAUUCUUUCUUGGCUAUUUUUCUUUCUGCCAAGCCAAGUAAGCCACAUGCGAUAUUUUUCUUUCGUUUAUUGUUUGGAUGGAGUUGCAUCGUUUCACCCCAUGAACUUAUUAGCCGAGAAAAGGG